GUGGGGGGUUAAGGUAGAGAAACACUUCUGUACCGGACGUCAGCCAAUUGUGUAGUUCAAGAGAUUAAGUCUGUUAAUUUACUCCGUUAAUUUACUCACUGUUCUUUAAUAACUUAUUAGGAAAAACCUCUUGCAUACAUAAAGUGCUUGCAACAUACAUUGAUUCUGUUUCAGUUUUAGAUUUCAUGGUAGACGUUGCUGUUCUGUAUGGGCGCGCGCACACACACACACACACACACACACACACACACACACACACACCGAACUGUAUCAUCCCACAUAACAUAUCCUGCAGUUUUCUUGUCAUGUUUGUGAAGUAUCUUUAAUCUCCUGGGAAGCUUGCCCAGUAUUAAUAGUUACAGAAAGCUUGCUGCGUUAUUUUACACUCGUUUACACACCAUAAAGAAACCCCAACAUGGACUACAGCCCAAACAAUUUAGUGUUAUUAAAAUCAAACACUUUUUGUCAAGUCUAACUUUAUUCUACCACUUUCUUUCUACCACGCAAUGCAAUUUUCCUUAACGGAGGAAAGAGACUCUGCUUUAAGAUAACACUGAUACAUAAUCUGUGCGUCCGUUUCCUUACUGGCAAUAACGUCCUAGCCAACACACGCACACACACACCUCAACUGUUCAGGUUUUCGCAGUACGCCCAGAUUUUUGCCACUUUUUUUUUUUUUUUUUUUUUUUGGUCUGUUAUAAAAUUUGUGGCUUUCUGGCAACUCAUUCAGGACUGAAAUCACUGACUAAUGACAGACAUCUGAGUCUCAGACUUCACAGCUUUCAGAAAACGCAUUCUAACACAAAUCCUGUUAUGCUGGUUUAUAAGAACAAUAUUUAAAAUCUGUCCCUAUUUUUGGGCCUUUGUCUUCCCUUUAUUUUAUGCUUUGUCUUGAUUUCUUGGCUAAGAGGUUGAGAGGUAUGGCUCAGAACCUUUGCUCUAGUGCCUUAAAAGUUAUUAAUCAUGCACUAAUUAGAGUGCGUGUGUGUGUCCCUGACUAUACAAAAGAUGUUACUGUCUGGGAUUUUCAGUGAAUUUCUGCGCAAUAUGUUUAUGUGCCUACUAGUCUGCCCUUCCUUUUAAAUAAAAAAAUGUUUAUAUACUAAAUGUAAUGUAUGGAUACAGUCAUACCUCUAAACCGGGUAACGGUUAUUGCUUGAGGUAUCAGUAGGUGGUUGUCUACCUCAAGGCACUAAAUCGCUUUAGGUACAAUGAGCUUGCGAAGUACUGUGAAGAAACACGUUUUUUCUGCAUUGUGUUUAUUUAUUGUUUGCCCGUUUCCAGUCCUGUAUGAAUUGCUGUUCAAAGCUUGCUGCUGCUUUGGCGCGCAUAUGCGCGUAUCCGAGACAAGCAUUGCGCAGGCCUGCAGAGAAGUAAAUAAGAUGGAGGGUGGUAAUGCUGCUCAGCAAAGAUGGGACUGAUAAUAAUCGUCAGCCUCUGGUAACAUCUUCAAAAUUCGAUUACCAUUCCAAAUUAGUGCUCUUUAUCAUGAUUCUCGUGGAAGGAACUAAUGCAUUCUUCAGUGCUGCAGGACGGUUCGACGAUCCCUUUCGACGUACAAGCUCCAGGGAAGGAAGGAUGCUGUGGGUAACUUUUAUAAGCACAAUAGCUCUUGGAUGGACUACACCUAUACCCUUACUGGAGGAGUCGGAGGAAAUUGAUGAGCCCUGUUUUGAUCCUUGCUACUGUGAAUAUAAAGAAAGUAUGUUUCACGUGCAUUGUGACAAUAAGGGGUUUACAAAUAUAAGCCAGAUAACCGAGUCUUGGUCCAGACCGUUUAAACUGUAUUUGCAAAAGAACUCUAUGAGGAAGCUAUAUGCUGACAAUUUCUUACACUUAAACAACGCAGUGUCCAUUAACCUAGGGAACAACGCACUACAGGACAUUCAAGCAGGGGCCUUCACUGGCUUGAGGAUUCUCAGGAGGCUUUACCUUCACGAGAACAAACUGGAAGCAUUUAGAAACUAUACUUUUCUUGGUUUGGAGAGUUUGGAGUAUCUCCAAGCUGAUUAUAAUGUCAUUAAACGGAUUGAAAGUGGAACAUUCAGGACAUUGUCUAAACUGAAAAUUCUGAUUUUGAAUGACAAUCUAAUUCCGGUGCUUCCCACAAAUUUAUUUAGGUCAGUUUCAUUGACUCACUUGGACUUAAGAGGGAACCGAUUAAAAAUCUUAUCCUACAGAGGAAUGCUGGAAUACAUUGGACGGAGUUUAAUGGAAAUACAACUUGAAGAAAAUCCAUGGAACUGCUCUUGUGAUAUACUGCAGCUGAAAAACUGGUUGGAAAGUAUCCCUUACACAGCUUUAGUAGGAGAUAUUACGUGCGAGACUCCAUUCCAUUUCCAUGGAAAAGAUCUGAGAGAGAUUAAACGAAGUAAACUGUGUCCUCAUUUAUCGGAUGCUGAACUGGAAGUCAGCCUGGGAAUCCCUAAGAUGACAUCUGGCAAUGACAACGCAUGGCCCACCAAACCUUCGUCCAUGUUAUCAUCUUUCCAUUUCACUGCUUCUUCUGUUGAAUAUAAAACAUCUAACAAACCUGUAAAACCUACUAAGCAGCCUCGUGUCCCUCGGCCUUCUGCCACCUCUCGCAGUCCCUAUAUAGGGCAAAAUCAGCCUCCUAUAGCUGCCUACCAGACAAGGCCCCCAAUCCCCAUAAUCUGCCCGAGUGGCUGUUCUUGUAGCCUACAUAUCAGCGACCUAGGUUUAACAGUUAACUGCAAAGACAGAGGAUUUGUCAACGUAUCGGAACUGCUGCCAAGGCCCCUGAAUGCAAAGAAACUAUAUCUUAGUGGCAAUUUGAUUCAGAAAAUCUACAGAUCUGAUUUUUGGAACUUUUCCAGCUUGGAUCUCUUGCACUUGGGAAAUAACCGUAUUUCUUACGUGCAGGAUGGUGCCUUCAUCAACCUUCCUAACCUAAAGAAUUUGUACCUAAACGGAAAUGAUAUAGAAAAGCUCACACCUGGAAUGUUCAGAGGGCUACAAAGUUUAAAUUAUUUGUACUUAGAGUACAACAUCGUGCGAGAGAUCCAACCUGCCACUUUCAGUUUGAUGCCCAACCUACAACUUUUGUUUCUCAACGACAACCUAUUGCGUACCUUGCCCACUGACACUUUUGCAGGCACGUCUUUAGCACGCUUAAACCUGAGAAACAACCACUUUUUAUAUCUGACAGUGAGAGGCGUCCUGGAGCACCUUAAUUCUCUUGUGCAGAUUGACCUGAACCACAACCCAUGGGAGUGUGGCUGUGAUAUUGUACCACUAAAGCAGUGGGUAGAGAAACUGAGCCCAGUGAUUAUGGCGGGAGAAGUUCCCUGCCGAACCCCGGAAGUCUUAGCUGGCAAGGAUCUUCGAUUUAUAGAGCUAGAGAUGAUAUGCCCAGAGAUGGUUCAAGCGGUCGUCUCACCAGCCUUGCCUUCAGACCCUGUGUUGUCCACCAGCUCAACUGGACUAGAUUUCCCUCCAAAUAGUGGUCCAGUUCCCCUCUCUGUCCUCAUUCUUAGCCUAUUAAUUCUAUUUUUUUCUGCAGUCUUUAUUGCUGCAGGCAUUUUCGCUUUUGUGCUUAGGAGGCGUAAGAAACUGCCCUUCAGAAAAAAACAGGAAAUAGACUUAACUGGCAUCCAGAUGCAGUGCAGGCUGUUUGAAAACAGGCCCAGCAACUCUCCUGAGAAGGUCCCGGGCCACGUCUACGACUACAUACCACACCCUGUAACACAGAUGUGCAACAAUCCGAUCUACAAACCGCGCGAGGAGGAGAUCGGUGAACAGGAGUUCAGCGAAACCAAGGAGAAUCACUCGAACUAUAGAACUUUAAUAGAGAAAGAGAAAGAGUGGAGCUUGGCCGUGUCCAGCUCGCAACUUAAUACCAUAGUAGCUGCAGUGAGUCCUGCAGGAGAACUAGCAGCAUUCCACGAAAAUGGUGGGCUGUUUGGUGGUGGGAGUGCAGCGCUCGAAAGGGACAGGGAGCGCGAGACUCGAGCCGCGCCGGCCGUGGCAUUUGUGGACUGCCUCUACGGCACAGUGCCCAAAUUAAAGGAAAUGCAUGGCCACCCGCCUGGUCUGCAGCAGUACCCAGACUUGCAACACGACGCCAGGCUCAAAGAAACAUUAUUUUUCACGGCCGGCAAGGUCUUUCCUGACCACCAAACACAAAACGAAUACCUCGAGUUGCGGGCCAAACUCCAGCAGACGAAGCCGGAUUACCUCGAAGUCCUUGAGAAAAGCACCUACCGGUUCUAGAUAGCUAAAUUUCAUAUAUCACCCAAAACAGAAAGCAACAUGGUAUAGUGGAUUUUAAAUUGUUUUCCCUAAAUUGCUUUAGGGGAAUGGCCAUACUCAGAUCAUAUUCUAUGAAGUGCCUUUGCAGACUUUGCCAGCAAUGUUAUCAGUUAUUAUUUUUAUAUAAUAAACGUAGACUUGGCAGUGCCGUAUAUAAUGGUGGAUCCAGCCAUUGAUCCUAAGAAGUCACUAUACACAUCUCUGCUUGGCAGUAACAUCCCUUCUUCACAGGGAAUACUGGAAUUAUGGCUUUCAUUUUAAAUAUUAAUGCAGAAUAGGCCAGGGGCACAGAUUAUGACAUUCAUUAAUGCAGUUUGCUGCAUGUUUAAAAACUGCAGGGGAGGGUCUUGCUCAGAAAUUGAACGUACACCCACAUGCGGGAGUUACUGCAACGCUUUAUUGUUCUUUCAGUGUUUAAUUUUUACAUGUUAAAAAGGAAUAUACAGACGCGUCACAUUAAAGGUUAACACGUCCAUGAGGUGACACACAGGGAUUUUUUUUUCUUUCUUUCUUUUUUUAUUUUUUUGGUGGGAAGGACAAGGCACUUUUAAAAAGCUACUGGGUAUAUCACUAACAGCUUUGUAGGAAGCACUUUUAAUGUUUUCUCUCACAAAGAUUUUAAAAAGUGCAUAUAUUUAUUCUGUACUUUCAGUGAAUAUUAAUUGUAAAGGUAAUGUUAAAUUACUGUAUAGUGAUUAUGCGUCUGGUAAAGCUUUCUUAAUAAAAUAAAAAUACUUUUUUUGGAAAAAAUAAGUAAAUAAAUAAUUGCAAGAAAAAAAAAAAGCAUAUAGCAACACACAUACACACCCGGAGCUGGCCCGAUCUAUGCAACACCUUUUCAGUGUAGGAUUAUGUAUUUCUUUACAUGGGGACUUCCUAAAAACACACAUCCAUUCAGUAAGGCGCAACUGUCCAUUUAUGUUGAAUCUUCAUUUUAUCUUUCUAAUCUGUUAGUAUUAUAAUAAAUGUUCUGGGUACCCUGGCUACACUUUUGUUUUGCUACUCCUACAGUAUUAGGAAAGUUUAUAAAAAUUGAAGACAAUCUGUAGAAGGAAAGCAUUAAACAUUUCAGAUAUUUUCACCAUUCUGGUGCAUUUA